UCUUAAGCAUGCAGAAUAACUUAAGUGGACUUUGAACGAUUAAUUGCCGCUUUGAAUGAUUACGUAAUUGUGGCAUCCAUAAUUGUAAUCCCGAUUAGAAAUUCGAUUAAUUGUGCAGCCCUACAUCUUAUGAUAUGCUGUAAAGACUUCAGUGGUUGUAUGGGAAAUUUGACUCCUUGUGUUUUCCAGUGGCACUCAAAGGCACUGCAGGGAAAAUCCCGUGAGGAACUGGCUCUGGAGAAGAAGAGAGAGCUGGAGAGACGACUGGCAGGACGUCAGCGGCCAGCUCAACUCCGUCAAGAAACCACAGAAAACCAAAGUGGAGAAGCCCACUGGGUGGAGCCUCAUGCCGCAGCGUCUCGUCUCAGUGCCAGCAGCUCCAGCUCAGACUCCUCUUCCUCAUCAUCCUCUUCCUCCUCCUCUGACACCAGUGACUCAGACUGAGCGGAUCGAAAGAACGGACAUCAGUUAAAACAUGCACUCCAUCCCAGGAUAGGACAGAGUUUUUCUGCUCUUAAUAACAGAAGAUGUUUAAGGAAGAGCAGUGUUUCUCUUUAGAUGUAUAGAAACAGGUCAGAGAGAAUUCUGGGAAAUGUUGGACGGAGAAGGAACUAAUGGAAAAGCAGACCAGGGCAUCGUUGUCUAGUUUGGGACUCAUUUCUGUUAGUCUAUCCUUCUUUACUUUGUGUAUAUACAUGUACAAAGAUAUAUAAAUAUCUAUUUUUCUUUUAUAAAGAAGAAUUUUAAGUGAUUCCCUGGUAGGGAAGAAUACAAAAAUCUGACUUUUUCUUUUUUUGUCAAUCUUUUUUUUUUUUUCUUUUUCUCCCUCUUCGUUUGACCUAAUUAAGUAGUUUGUCUUAAAGAAAAAAAAAACAAAAGGCUUGGAGUGGAAACUGCUGUCACUUUUGUUUGCAUGAGUGAGUGUGUGAUUGAAUCCCGUGGUGUUCCCAUUUACACACUUUGCACAUACGUGGAUGUGUUGCCGCUUGGUUGUGCAUUUGAAUAAAAAACAAAAACAAA